CGAGCGUGCAGGGACCGCACCAGUCUUCUCCUACGGAAGUAUGCAGUGCGGAAGGUGCGAAACGAAGCCGCUAGCGGCACCAGCGAGGUGCACACAGAGAACGAUGACAUCCUUGAGCAACUUCAGCAGCUCAAGAACGCAACCGUGGCUGAACAGCAGAAAGAGAAGGCAAAAUCCACCUCUAAAACGCAGGAGCUGGAGACUGCAGGUCAACUCCUCAUGCAGGCAGCAGAAAGAAGGUAG